AUGCAAGCCACUCCGACCGUGCAGCCUGAGACCCGAGUGCCGAGCGUCGACGACCUACGGGUCAAACUAUGCUUCAUCUGCCGUGAGGAGGAGCGCUACGAUAGCCCUGAAGACCCUCCCAGAGCGUGGACACACCCAUGCUCAUUGGAUAAAGCAGCGCAGCAAGACCCGGCGCGAGCGCGCAAUGCUUUGAAGUGCCCACAAUGCGGUGCCUCUUACGAGCUCGAGAGCGACAAUCCCCACCCUCGCGUCUUGCGAAUACUGGAUCAUACGAAUGCACUCAUGUCGAUUGGUGGGAAGGUGGUUAUGAUUGGAGGGCUUGCGACGGUGGUGGUGUCCUUUGGGUUCGGGCUCUACCUCGUAUGUACCACAUAUGGCGCGCAUGCAUUGCAGUCGAUGGUCGGGAGGGAGAUGUAUGACAUCUUGCUCACCGACGAACCUGACAAUUGGCCGUGGCACGCCUUCAUCAACCUCCCUAUGAUACCUAUCAGCCUAAUCCUGUCUCGCUCUCCCUCCUUUUCGGCAUUUCCUCUGUUGCCACUGAUCAUCUCAUGGCCGUCAUCGCAUCCCGUUCUCUCCGCUGCAGCCAGAAUAGGUGCAUCAAGUUGGAGCUUCUUCGGCGGGCGAAUCGACGAUGUCCCCUAUGGGCCCAUCUUCGGGUGGCCACCCUCUCCAAUGAUGGCCUCAUUGCUAUUCCCGCUCGUUGGGAGGCUAUACCGCACGCAGCCCGCGCAGCGCGGACCUUUGCGCAACGUCGUCUGGGACCUCGGCGGCGACGGCCCCAUGCCGUUCCGCGCGCGGAUAGGCCUGGCGGUCGACCCGGCACAGCAGCAACAACAGCGACAACAGCAGCAACAAGACCAGGACCAACAAGGAGCCCCCGCUCCGGCGCAGGGUGCCGCGGGUCAAGACCAACAAGGAAACGGCCAGGCUGAUGAGCCAGGCGCUGCGGCAGAGCGGACUCUCCGCAUCACCAACGCGUCUCUGGGUCGCUUCAUCGGCGGCGCGCUGUUGAUGCCCACGAUCGCUAGCUAUAUGGGUUCUGUGCUGUACAGACUCUCGAAGUUCUCGCCAACGCUACGGACGUUCCUCGCCAUCCGCCCGCCGUUGACGGGCCAUCGGCGGAUGAGCUUCCUGAAGAAGGUCGGCAUGAGUCUGCAUGUCGCUCUUAGCCUGGUCUGCGGCGGUACGAGAGUGUGGUACGAAAGCGACCCUGUCUGGUGGAGGAACUCGAUUGGUCUCGGCCUCUUCAUUGUCGCGAAGGAUUGCAUGAAGCUGCUCCACCUCUAUCUCGCAAAGCGGGACCUCGAGACUCGGCGAGUGAAGAGCCGGUCAUUUGUAGGAGUAGAUCUCAAAGAGCUCGACCUCAUACAUCCGCCCACUCCUGACGGUCAUGUGCCUGUUACACCGUAG